AACUGGCCGCUUUGCUGCGGGCGGUUGCGGCGUCUCCCUUCUCUUUAUCCUAAUUUAGUCCGAGGACAGGAGACCUCGCUCCCGGCGCUUCAAGGAUACAGUUGUUUCUUUCCAGGCUUUCUUCUCCUUUUUUUCCGCCUUAAAUAUAUGGUAACAUUUACGUUUUCGUCAUCCAAGUGGAAGUUGAGUGGCAUGAAGAUUCGGAGGAAGCUUUGAGUCCUCGGAUAGAAAGUGUCCGCCGGUGCCAACAGGGCAGACAGCCGCUGCUCUCGGUGCUUCUGUGUAGCGGGACAUCACCGGGAGCUGGACGCUCUUUGCUCCUGUAUGUCGCCUCGGAUAUAACAGCGCAGCGGCGAGAUGGAUCUGAAGCUGAUCUUCAUUGCAUUUAUAGGACUCUUUUACUGCUGUAACUCUCAGAAAGAGGGGAACGAGUGCAUCAACAAAAAUGCCAAACACUGCGGAGAGUGCAUCCAGACCGGAGCCAAAUGUGGCUGGUGUACAGACCCGGACUUCCUGAAACAGGGCGAGACCGUGUCAAGCCGGUGUGACGAGCUGCAGUCUCUGAUAAAACGGGGCUGCAACAAGACAUUUAUCGAGAACCCGCUGGGGAAAAAGGACAUUCUCAAGGACAAGGAUGUGACCAAUCGCAGCAAAGAGAAAUUGAGACCAGAGGACAUCACUCAGGUCCAGCCCCAACAAGUCAGACUCACCCUCCGAUCUGGUGAGCCGCAGUCCUUCAAGCUGAAGUUUAAGCGGGCAGAAGAUUACCCCAUCGACCUGUACUACUUGAUGGACCUGUCCUACUCCAUGAAGGACGAUCUGGAGAAUGUGAAGAACCUGGGGACCAGUCUGAUGCAUGAGAUGUCGAAGAUUACGUCUGACUUCAAGAUAGGUUUUGGCUCCUUUGUGGAGAAGACAGUCAUGCCUUACAUCAGCACCACUCCGGCCAAGCUGCUGAAUCCAUGCACGGGCGACCAGAACUGCACCAGCCCGUUCAGCUACAAGAACGUGCUGCCGCUGACCGGUAAUGGCGCCACGUUCAACAGGCUGGUGGGGGAGCAGCAGAUCUCGGGGAACCUGGACUCCCCCGAGGGCGGCUUCGACGCCAUCAUGCAAGUGGCCGUGUGUGGGCAACAGAUCGGCUGGAGGAACGUAACCCGCCUACUGGUGUUUUCCACUGACGCAGGAUUCCACUUUGCUGGCGACGGCAAGCUGGGUGGCAUUGUGCUGCCCAACGACGGGAAAUGCCACCUAGAGAACAACGUCUACACCAUGAGCCACUACUAUGACUACCCCUCAAUCGCUCACCUGGUUCAGAAGCUGAGUGACAACAACAUUCAGACUAUUUUUGCCGUCACAGAAGAGUUCCAGCCCGUUUACCAGGAACUGAAAAAUCUGAUACCAAAGUCUGCAGUGGGCACUCUGUCUGCCAACUCCAGCAACGUCAUCAACCUCAUCAUAGAUGCUUACAAUGCUCUUUCCUCUGAAGUGAUUCUGGAGAACACCAAAGUUUCAAACAACGUGACAAUCGAGUACACGUCUCACUGUAAGAAUGGAGUGAUCAAUAAGGGCGAAAAUGGAAGGAAGUGCUCCAAUAUCUCCAUUGGAGACGAGGUCCAUUUUAACAUCAGCAUCACCUCUAAAGGUUGUCCAAACCAAACCAAUCCUGAGAUUAUCAAGAUAAAGCCCCUGGGAUUCACAGAGGAGGUGGAGAUUAUCCUCCACUUCAUCUGCGAGUGCGACUGCCACAGCGAAGCCAUCAACAACAGCCAGGUCUGCAGCAACGGGAACGGGACGUACGAGUGCGGAGCCUGCAGGUGCAAAGACGGUCGCGUGGGCCGGGAGUGCGAGUGCAGCAGCAACGAAGUGUCCACGGAGGACAUGGACCGGACCUGCCGCAAGGACAACGGCACCGACAUCUGCAGCAACAACGGGGAGUGCGUGUGCGGCACCUGCGAGUGCAAGCCGAGGGAGAACCCGGAGGAGAGGUACAGCGGGCAGUUCUGCGAGUGUGACAACUUCAACUGCGACCGCUCUGGAAACAAGCUCUGCGGAGGACAUGGCGUCUGCGAGUGCAGGAAGUGCAUCUGUGAUCCCAUGUGGAACGGAACUGCCUGCGACUGUUCCCUGGACCAGAGCACGUGUUAUGCCAGCAACAAGCAGAUCUGCAACGGCAGGGGACGCUGCGAAUGCGGCAUCUGCAAGUGCGACGACCCCAAAUUCCAGGGCCCGACGUGCGAAACGUGUCCCACCUGUCCUUCGGUCUGCGCUGAACACAAAGAGUGCGUGGAGUGCCGGGCGUUUGGCACUGGGGUGAAGAAGGAAACGUGUCAGAAGGAAUGCAGUGACUUCACCAUGCAUAAAGUGCCGACCAAAGACAAGAUCCCCCAGCCCACCGACAAAUCCUACCCCGUCAUGCACUGCAAGGAGCGGGACGCCAACGACUGCUGGUUCUACUACACGUACGCCGUCACCAACAGCACGGAGAAGGUGGUCUACGUGUUGGAUGAGCCGGACUGCCCCACGGGCCCGGACAUCAUCCCGAUUGUCGCGGGCGUGGUCGCCGGCAUCGUCCUGAUCGGCUUGGCGCUGCUGCUCAUCUGGAAGCUGCUGAUGAUCAUCCACGACAGGAGAGAGUUCGCCAAGUUCGAGAAGGAGAAGAUGAACGCCAAGUGGGAUACGGGUGAAAAUCCAAUCUACAAAAGUGCUGUCACAACUGUGGUCAAUCCGAAAUACGAGGGCAAAUGAUGGCCCCGGGGUCCUUCCUGAACUCUUGACACCGACUCUGCAACAGCUGCAGUCGUACACCAGCCGGUCCGGCGGGAGCGAGUGGCGGAAAAUUUGUGCGUUCGUCUUCGUCGCUUCAUCGUAGCAUUGUAUCACUCGGCCAUUGCGACCUGUUUGUUGUUACUAACACGUACAAUUUACCCCCCAUGUGUCGUAUUUUUCUUGUACAGUAUGCGGUCUUUGUACAUACUUUCAAGCGUCGCGUUUUGCUUUCUGCUGACGGACCGGUCCGAUUCGGAGCCCACGGAUUUAGAAAGACUUCUCCAGCGCGUGCUUCUUUAGCAGUCAAGCCUUCUGUUUAACGCGUCACUGUUGCUGCACUUCAUGUCACGUGCGUCUGUGUAUAUUUAGAGAACGGCUGCAAUAAGGUAUUCUGAACAAUCUCGAGCAGAAUUCAGUACAAAUCGGACAGAAGGAGUGAAUAAAGUGGUUGUAAAUGUAGUUUUGCAAGUUCAAAAUCAUUUGAACUUGCAAAUGAUUUUAGUUGUUUGUUGUUGGGUUUUGUUUGUUUUCAUUUUUUUUUUUUUUGCACUCUUGCAGAGUGCUGACCUGAUAUAAGAGUCGAAACACAAGACAGAUAUGAAGUAUUUUACUCUUAGUGUUGAGAUGGCGUGCUAUCGCAAAGAGAUUGUAUACCACUUGUUAAAAACAACAAAGUAACAGCAAUGCUGAACAAUCCAAAAAAUUUCUGCAGUUAUAUUAUAAUGAGAUACAGCUCUGAUGUAACCAAGUUUAGAUUUCUGUAUUUUUUAUUUUUUUUUAAUCCUCAGGUCCCACGUGUUUUCUUAUCGAUUUGUUUCUGUGCCAGUUUUGUUAUUAUUCACACUGAAUGACUGAAGAUGUCGCAUGAGUCACCUCAAAAGUGUACUCGCACCCAAAUGCCUCUAAACUACAACACAGGGCCUUUCAAAAAUAUUGCUUUUAAAGUGCCUUUAUUUUAUUUUAUUUUAUUACCAUGUUUUCCCCAGUGCUGUUCACAAGAUAUUUAUUAAAUACCAAAAAAAAAAAAAAA